CUGGGCGUUGCUCCAACACUGUGAAUCAAAAGGGACGCGCGGCGCGGCAACAAUAACUCCAAUAACUCCGACGUAGAAACAAGUGCCUUUAGCUGCCUUAGCAGAUAGUGGUGUAGCAGUGGUACAGCGAUAGCGACGGAGAACUAAGCCGAGAAGAUGUCCUGCUGUAUCGGUAGCAAGAACGAGGAAGGCGGCGUCGAGCCGACACGAGUGCGGGGAUGUACGGACGUCAUUUGGCUUUGCUUCUUCAUAGCGUUCUGGUUUUUUAUGAUCUUGAUUGCUGCCUUUGCGAUAGUCUAUGGUAAUCCUAUGCGGCUUAUAAAUGGAUAUGACAGUUUUGGGAACACAUGUGGUGUGAAGAAUAAUCCAAAGUUUGGUAGCAUGGAGCUUUCUGGGCAGGAUACCAGCGACAAGCCAUACCUGUUCUUCUUAGAUAUAACUAAUGUCACACAAUCAUUAAAGAUUUGUGUGAAGAAAUGUCCCGAUAGAAUGAUAAGGAAAAUGGAAGACAUUUGUAAAUUUUACAAAGAGACGGGAUCACAAUUGUGCCAUGAUAGACCUGGCAGCGAUUUCAGCGCGUGCAACAGCGAGAGUGGUAAAUUCAAGAAUGGAUCUUGUCCUGAGUGGCCGGUUUAUCCCAGUAUACCUGUUUUAAAUCGAUGCAUCCCCACGGCGGUGAAAGAAGUAGGCGAUGUGAUAAUUUCAAAUUUAUAUGGAGUAAUCAACUCAUGGGAUGUUAUCGAACAAGUUUUAGGAGAUCUGUGUAAAACCUGGAGGCUAAUUCUGGCGCUAUCUUUUCUCGCCUGUGUUUUCUCACUCUUUACAAUAGCCAUCUUUCAUUUAUUGGCAUCUCUUGUAACAUGGAUUAUAAUCGUGCUUGUAAGCAUUGCUUCCACUGGUGGUACAAUUCUGUUAUGGCUAACUUAUGUCGAUAUUAAGAAAACCUUGGACAAAACUGACCCAAAUCAACUUCUCGAAGAAGCUGUAAGAAAUGAAAGAGCAUUUCUCGCAUUUUCCAUUAUCGCUACUACUAUUACUAUUAUUUUAUUGUUUCUUUCAUGUAUAUUACGCAAACGCAUUAGUUUUAUGGCAGCAUUAUUCAAAGAAAGUGCAAAAUGCUUAAAAGAAUUACCUGGCUUAUUUUUCCAACCACUCUUAACGUUUAUAUCUUUGAUGCUAUUUUUUUUCUUUUGGGUAUUUGUAAUUCUUUGUCUUGCAACAGCAAAUUAUCCUGAGACAAAAUCAGUGCAAAUGUACAAAAAUACUAUAUUUGAUCCUGUGAGUUUAAGCUCGAUUGGUGAAAAGGCUCCAUUAGUUGAAGAGAAAAAGUUCGACUUUUCUCUUGAUUCUUUCAAAACUUUCACUCUUGUGGAAUAUGUUGAUGCGACUUGGGUGAAAUACAUGUGGUGGGUAUAUCUUAUAGGAUUAAUAUGGACAUCGGAAUUUAUUGUUGGAUGUCAAGCCAUGGUAAUAUCAGGCUCCGUUGCUCACUGGUACUUUAGAGGUAAAAACGCCAGCUCAUAUCCAGUAUGUUCAUCCAUAGGACAUUUAAUUUGCUAUCAUAUGGGCUCUGUAGCGUGUGGAUCACUUUUGAUAACCAUUUUUAAAUUACCUAGAUUGAUUUUAACGUAUCUGCAUACUAAAUUUGAAAAAACUAAAGAAACAUCUCCAUGCGCUCAGUGUGGUUUAAAAGUCUGCAUUUGUUGCUUUUACUGUUUGGAGAAAUUCAUUCGAUAUAUGAAUAAUAAUGCGUAUACUGUUGUUGCUAUAGAAGGGACCCAUUUUUGCAAUGCGGCUAGAAUAGCCUUUACAACGCUGGUCAGUAAUGCUCUUCAAAUAGCAGUGAUUAAUGGAUUUGGCGAUUUUAUAUUGUUCCUGGGAAAGUGUUUCGUUACGGCUGCAACCGGAAGCAUCGCAUUACUUUUUAUGAGACAAGAUCCCGAACUACAUUUUUAUGCUAUUCCCAUCUUCAUUACUUGUGUUUUUUCAUUUUUCAUCGCUCAUUGUAUAAUUUCCCUUUAUGAAACUGUUAUCGACACAUUAUUCCUAUGUGUAUGCGAGGAUAGGAAUUUAAACGGUGAAAAUGGAAAAUGGCGUCAAUCCGCAUUAGCACAACUUGGAGCCUCUAGCAGCAACGCAAACGGACAACAGUCCCACGAAAUGACACCAAUAAACGAAUAAGUAUCUAAUACUUUAUAAAUGCAUCUUUUUUAUACACAUAUUUUGUACACACAUUUUUUUGAUAUGAUAGAAUACUUACUUUUGCAUUUUAUCACCCGUAUAUCUAAUAAGACUAAAUAAGAAUACAUUUCUUUCGUUCACGCGUGCAAUUCGUAUUGCUACACAAAUACUCCACAAAAAAACUUGUCUCGAAAGUUAUUUUUAUAAUGAUAUAUUAAGAACAUGUGAAGAUAUGAUCGUUCAUGUAUUUUUAAUCUAUAAGAUAGAUGAAUAAGUAUCAUGUUAUAAAGUAAAAUAUAGAGGAAGGAAGGGAGUGGUGGAAUAUUAUUUCAUUUUUUUAACAUAUAACUCAUUGUCAGUAAAUGAUGCGACAAAAUUCUUAUCAACAUUAGUUUGUUAGCUAUAAAAUGUUACCAAUUGCCUCUAUAAGUAGAAGUUUAUUGGAUAUAUAGAACGUAAUUUAUAAUUUACUAGAGAGGGAAAGAAAUAUGCGUGAGAUAGCAAGAGGGUCAUGAAAUACUAACAACAAUGUUAUAAGAGGCACUUAUAAUUCUAAAAAGAAUCAAAUUAAUGAUCCUUUAUAGAUCUUACACACUAAUAAGUGCUAUAAAAGAAAGUUCUAUGAGAAUUUUAUAAAAUAUAUUUGAAAAAAAAAUUUUUUUUUAAAUAAUUUUUUUGCUGCUAGUAAAGCAGUGCAUUGUCCAGUAUAAGUUGUAAAAUCAUAAGAGCGGUUUUACGCUUACGUAAUGCAAAUGGCUAACGACCAUCUCAUGAUCCCUCUCACCACAUGAUAUAACUGCAUAUGCUAAUUUCGUACACACAUUACAGCAUACAUUAAAUUCAAUUAUAUUAUUUGAAAGCACCUUCAAGCUAGACUAAAAUUUAAAAAAUGAAUAUGCAAUAUAUUUCUCAAAAUUACAUAAAGAGUAUACACCUGUAAAAAUUGCUAUUUGCAAAACUGAAAUUCAGCUUUUAUAAAAAUGCAAUGAAUAGUAACUAUCCUACAAUGUCUAAAUAGACAGUAACAAAGUUAUUUUAAUGAUUGCUCUUAGAACGCGAAUUCAACGAUAUUAUGAAAUCACUCCCGUCUUUCUUUCAAUAUUUUUAUAUAAUUGUGUAUAAUUUUAUAUCAUAAUUUGUUUUUGUGGUGUUUAAGUAUUUCUUAAGAUAACGUUUAUUAAGGUAACGUUUAUUUCUUAAGAUUCAGGUCUUCUUUUGUGAUAAAUCAUUGCCAAAAUUUUCUAAAUUAUUAUUUCUUGCUAUUUCAAGAUAUUUAAGCAAUCUUAAUUGACAUGAAAAAAUUUCGUUUAUAUUAUUAUAUAAUAAAACAAGUAAUUUGCAAUUUUAGAUAAUGUGAACGAAUUAUGUUUUAUAAAAUAGGGAAUAACGCAAUAUCUAUUGAUUUUGAGAUUUACAAUCUGCUUGUACUUACCGUCAAUUUUUUAUUUAACUGCCAAAUUUUAAGAUAUAACAAAAUAUUUUAUAAUAUUCACUAGAAUCAUUGAAAAAGAAAUUAAACGAUAUUAUAGAUGAUAUUAAAUUUUAUAGGAAUUUUGCAUUUCAUGAAAUAUAUUUUAUUCAUGAAUAUGUAAUUGAUGAAGUUUAGAUUUACAUCUUUUCUAAGUAUUUGUAUCAUCAAAGUGCCAUUGCACAAACUGAAAAUCUUUUGUCUUAAGGAUAUUUAUUUUAAUAACUAUUAUUUCUAGAUUUUAAAUGCACCUAUAAAAAAGCAAGUGCAAGUCAAUGUUAUAAAGAAAGUACAAUUAUUAUUUACAAAAGAAUAUGCAUUCUAUAAAUGUAGCAGAGUGCAAUUAUUUAUAGAAAUUUAACAUUUGUGCAAUUAUUUUCUACAUGUAGAAAUUUUCAUAAUGUAAAAAAUAGACUAUUUAUUAUACUGACAAAAAGAAUGGUUCCUUUACUCAUAAAUGAAAAAUCUAUUUUUUAAACUUUACACAAUUUUUAUUCCUUCCAAUCUCACAAAUAUUUUCAAACAAAGUAACUAAACUAAAAAUUCAAUUCACACCUAGAUAAUAAGAGGCUUUCGUAUUUUGAUGUACAAAAUAUUUUAAGCUAUUUUAAUAAAAUGUAUUAAGCAGAUAUUUGUACGAGAUGAACUAUAUAUAUAUAUAUAUAUAUAUAUAUAUAUAUAUAUAAUAUAUAUAUUUUUGUUUCUAAGAUGUAUUUAAAGUACUUUAUAUAUAGAUCGAUAUAUGAAUUUAUGUUAAUAAAUAUGAUCUAUUAACCAUA